CACUUGUUACGUCUCCGAUUGUGUUAACUGCAAGUUUACUGCAUUUGCCAAAGUUUUAUGCUCUUCUCAAAGGUAGCCUCUUGUUGAUAUGCAGUUCGAAUGGUCCUAGGAUGCAUCGUACUGUAUACACUAAGAUUUCUUCGCCCUCAGAUAAGGGAUAAAUUUGGGCGCCAAGUAGAAACCUUCUUUGUGAUACUAACUUCCAUUCAGUUUCAUUUUCUGUUCUAUUGUUCUCGCCCGCUUCCUAACAUUCUUGCUCUGGGUAUAGUGAAUUUGGCGUUUGGAUACUGGUUCCAGGGCCGCUUUUAUGCCGCUCUAAACUCUUUGGUAUGUAUGUCAUAUUGUUUUACUUCAGUUUCAUCUUUGAAGUUGCUAUCUUUAAAAAGAAAAUAUAAACUAACAUUUGAUGUUGGAUUUUACAUUGAUGAUUGGAAGACGAAAAAAAAUUCAGUAUGGAGUGCUCUAAAAUACUGUACUGGGAUGGCCUUCUUAUGCGUAGGUAUAACCAUAUUGGUUGACUCAAUUAUGUGGAAAAGGUUGUUGUGGCCUGAAUUUGAAGUUUUUUGGUUUAACUCUGUCCUUAACAAGAGUUCUGAAUGGGGAACACAUGCUUUCCAUUGGUAUUUCACUUCCGCACUCCCUCGUUCACUACUUGUUGCAUAUCUUCUUUCACUGGUAAGUCAUCUAUUGAACUGAUUAAUAUCUUUUAAUAUCAUUAUGACAUGUUUUGUGUACUCGUCCCGACACCAAACUUAAAGUUUAAUAUUUUCUCUAUAUUUACAUAUGGACUAAUAUCUUUUAGUAUCAUUCAUGAUAUGCAUGGUAUUUGUAAGGAUGAUAUAUUGGGGAAUCAAUGUCACUAGAGCUGAAUUAUGAGGAAUAUACGAAGGGUUAUCUUUCACGAAAAAGUUAGGAUUUUAUGGAGUAUAGUUGAAUAUUGACUCCUUAAUUAUUGUUAGAAUGCUUGAAACGGGCAAAGCUCCAGGUAUGGAGGGAGUUUUAAUGAUUAAUCUGAUUUUACUUUUUAUAGAGAUGCACGUUGAAGUGAAUGUUUCUCAUUUUUAUUGGGAAGCGAACAAGCACGUGAAUGUAUUAGCGAAAGUUGAUGUUGAAUGUUUCUCAUUCUUAUUGGGAAGCGAACAAGUAGGCGGAUGUAUUAGCGAAAGUUGAUGUUGAACGCGAAGUAAAUUUAGAAUUUGGUGUUCAUAUUCUAGAUUUCAUUAAGCAAUUUGUUGUAUCCGAUGGUUCGACAUCCUUUGU